AUGAGGAUUUUGGUUGUGAUACUAGUAUUUUUAAUAAACGAAUAUUGGAUUCAUGCUGCAGAUCCCCAAGGUAAAACAUCGAAUGCGCCCUCAAACUCUCCUGGGCAACAGACACAUCAACAAGGCGGGUCGGUUCCCGUAACGCCGGGGCAACCUGCAGAACAUGAGAUUCAACAAAAUAACUCUUCUAAUAAGGAUAAAAACAACUCGUCGACCGGUAGGUCAGCUGAAACUGCCGGGGAAUCGGAGGAUUCUUUGCCUCCGGCUGGUGAGUCUGAUGAAGAGCAGCCACCUUCACUCAAGACACUGGGUGCCCCUGAGCCUUCAAAUCCAUGGCUAUCUGAUGGUUCACUGGAUACCAGUGACAUUUCAGGAGUCAGAGUUGAGAAGCCACGCAUGAAACUUUUCAAGCGUUCGCUUAACCCACGUUCGCCUAUUAUGCUGGACCUCAUGGGCGACUAUUGGACUGAUUCCAUAGAACUUACACAGCAUCGUUACACGGAUUAUACAUAUCGUGUCAUUGAACCUAAGGAGGAGUUGUAUAUUGAGAAGGUUGUUUAUGGAGGAAAGGAAUUAUGGAUUGGAGAACCUAGAUACAAUGAUAAGGAAAGGUUUUAUGAUAGGUGUUAUCUUAUCGAAAUCUUUGCAAAGUCGUCUAAAACUUUGAUAAUUCUUUCGACUCUAACAAAUACCAAAUUUAUAGACUUUAAUUUUGUAGUAAGGGAAGGCGAAUCAUAUGUUGGUACAUCUGAAGAGACUACUACUUUCCGCGAUCCGUACAAUUCUGUGGCUCUCAGCCUUACAGAAAGACCAAACGAUAGGUUGAUCGACUUAUACGGAAAUAUCACCCCUAAUACAAUCUAUUAUUACUUUGGACCAAAGGAUGGGGUCCGUAUCAAUAAAGUUAGACAUGGAGACAAGAUUUUGUGGAAGGGUGAACCUAAUUUAUUGCACCCAAAACGUAGCGAUAAGUGCUACAGCGCUCAAAUGCAUGUUGGUCAUCAUAGAACAUUGGUUAUUCUGCUUACCUUGACAGACAGUCACUUGAAAUAUCAUAGGUUUAUUUUGGAACACGAGAAAUGCCUAACUAUACAAAGGUUCCCACCAAGGCCCGAACCCAAGAAAAUGCCUGAACCGGAGUUAGAGCCCGAGCCUGAGCCUGAACCAGAUCCGGAACCCGAACCGGAGCCACCAUCACCAGCACGUGAUCUCUAUGAUGUGCCUGUAGAAGAGGAGAUGCCUCCAAAGGUAAGGAGGGUAUUGAGGUUGAAUCCCGUGGUUCCUGUUACCGUUAAUCUUGGUACCGUGGAUGAAACGAGAUGUCAAAUGUUUGAUACGUACUAUGAUGAUGUGCCAACAAAGAUGUUUUUUCCAGUUGGUGACUACGUCAUCACCAAAGUUGUGUAUGGGGACCUUCAUAUUUGGGAAGGCCAACCUGGUGACAAGUGUGUAUACUUCCUCGUAAAUAUAAAGGAUGGCAGGCCUGCUUAUGUAAGUUUCCAUACUGAAGAGUUUGAUGGAUUGAAGUGUGUUUAUUCUAGGAAGUUUGCUGGAGAAGAUUUGAAGGUUGUAAGCUUCAAAGAUUUUACUAAGACUUUCCAGGCUAUGCAAUUAGGUACCCCGUUUAGAUCUGUUUUUACCCUGGAUAUACGGAGUACCGAGGGUAGUGAGAAAUUUAAGCAUUUUGUAACGGAUUACGUUGGUGUCCCUACAAAGUUCCUUAUCGCCAAACCUGGUUACCAUGCUACGAAGGUCGUAGAUGGUAAUCAAGUCAUCUGGGAGGGGAAACCAGGUAGUAGUAAAAACAAUAAAAAGGAUGUACAGAGAUGUCAUAUCCUAAAGGUUCAUUAUGAUAAUGGAAAACCCUAUUUAAUGCAAUUGUGCUAUUAUCCAAAUAGGGAAGGUCGUCAGGGACAUUACUAUUCAUGGUUUUACAUAAAAUUAGGUGAAAAAUGGCACAGACUAGAGAAGGAGAUCCAAUACGAUGCUAUACUUACUAGGUUAGGUACCAUGGAGAUUGUCGAUUUCAACAAUGUAUUCGGAGGGGAUAUGCCAAUUAAUUCCACUGAUGAUGCAGAAACUCUCGCAGAUAAAUAUACCCUACUAAUAACACGGAAGAAAGAGAGGGCUGAAAAGAUUGAACAGCUAAAGAAGACUGCUAAGGAUAGAUAUCUUGAAACGCUUAAGGCAAGAGAAGGGCAACAGUCUGAUGAUGACAUUAUAACCACAACUAUCCAUGGACCCGCCAUGCCUGCAACCCCGAAUUCUGAUAGAGUUAGCAAAUCAAUUGAUGUUACUUUAGAUGCCAUGGAUAAACGUGCCGCCACCGUAACAAAGUUUUCGGACUAUGGAGCUUUAGGCUUGAAGUUUGUUCCAAAGGAGGGUUAUGCUAUGCCUAGGAUUACUCAAGAUAGUUGUGAGAUAUGGCAAGGUAGGGGACGUGAACAUUGUUUAGAAGCUUAUAUUUAUUUCGAUCUGGAGGGUCAUAGGUUGGCCAAGAUUAGGCAUACAGGUCACGAAUUUAUGAAUAUGGCAUAUCGCCAUCGUGAAGGUAAAAAUUGGCUGGAGAUUACUGAGGAGAGGUUUGAGAAUAUCUUAAAUUCCAUACGUGCUCAACUUUCCUAUGUCCCAUCUGCCUCUGAAAUCAAGGCAUCCAAGGCUGACAAGAACAUACAGUUUGAUGCCCUUGGGAGUAGAUUUUUAUCUUCGAGUGCUAGCGCUGCCAAAAAACAUGUGGUUUUGGACAUUUCUCAUCCAACUAGUGCGUUCUCUUGUACCGUUGUAUCUUCUUCUCCACUCCGUAAGACAUAUCGCCCCGGAUCAGACUAUUCUGUGCAGAGUAUCGUGGAUAGCGGAGUUGAAAUCUGGAAAGGAGGAAAAUCGACUUACUGUGACUUUUUAUCAAUGGCAUUUGAUAUUGAUGGACGUGCUAAAUUGGCUCUUAUGUCUAUUAUGGAUGAUGGUAUCCUCACUGGAGCGUAUAAAUACCGUGACGGUAGUAAAUGGGUUGAAAUCAUUGAGUCUGAUUACCAACGCCAUCUUAAGACUCUUGAAAGGUCCGUAAGAGCAGCGGAAGAAGCAGAGAACAUAGCUGAAAGUUAAGCUAAUUCUAAGGAAAAAUGAUUAUGAAAACACUUAAUUACACGGAAAUAAGAUGGAGUUUUAAACCAUAUUUAGCAAAUUUCGAGACUUCACACGACCAAAAAAGGCCUUUUCACCUUUAUGGGCGAGUUAUUUUAACCACCAUUCAUUCCGUAUAUCAAUGGAUUAGCUCAAUGCAGUAGCUUUUUACACACACUUGUCUUAGUGGGAAAACUACCACAAUCUGUGGCCGUAAGGCUUAAAUUAUUCUACUUCC